CGUAACCCGAUAACAACAACAACCCAGCCCUACCACGGGCUGAGUUUUGGGUUUUGCUGCCCAGUGUUCUGUGUGGGGGCGGGCCCGGUGCUUGUCACCCUCAAGGAUUCUUGGAGCUUCAACCCAUCAUCUGGCCGUCUGAACAAUGGGAGGGACCUUUGACAAGCUGCUGGCAUCUUGCUGCCAUUAAGGCCACUAAAGAUGGUGGCCUUCAGAGAAAGAUGUUGGGCUAUGCCACCGUGACAGUCCUUGUGCCCAUUCAGCUUCAGGGACGCCAGAGUGGUUAUUUAUGUGGAAAUUAUACUUCCACACCAUGUUGUACAAAUGGUGAGAGGGCAUCACAUGUUGUGGUUGUUACAUUUGCAGACUUACAACGUUCAUCAUGUGUUGGCUGCAUUAACAAUAAAAAGAGAUCUCAAACCCGAGGAUCUAGGAAAAACUUGUGGGUUGAGCUGCAAACAAAGCCAUACCUUAUGCUACGAUCCGUGAGAAUACAGGAGAAAAAUGUUUCUCGGAGUGAACUAAAUCUUGUUCUUUAUGAUGCCCAGGAAGUAUGUGAAUCAGAGAUUGUCUGUAAAAAGUUUUUGUUUGAGAAAGAUAAGGAUCAUACAAAUGACAUUGUCCCAUAUUUUGUGCACUGUGUUCAAGAAGCUUAUCAAGAGAGAGCGGCAUCAAAACUGAAAGACAGUUGUAUCAGAUUAAUAAGAUUAAUGAUUAAGUUAUUCCUUAUUUUAUUGUGGAUUCCAAAGUUUAUUCUUGAAAACCUUCAUUCAGUAUUAGUCAUGAGGUUUGAUUAUUCAAGCAGUGCCCUGCAGCAACUGCUGCUUCGGAUUUCUCAACUUGAGAAGCUACAUCAAGAAUUGCAGGUGAAGAAGAGAACAUUGCUCUCGGGUCGGCUGCUGACAAUGAUCAUGGUGGAUAUACUGAUUGGAAUUGCUGGAGCUUCAAUUAUCAGCAAUUAUGCAUCAGUAAAUGACAUAUACACUUACUUUUGUAGUUGGACAAAGAUGUUGGCUAGCAUCGUUCAUCGUCUGCUAGAGUGGCUGAGCGGUGUGCCGGCUGGGCUUAAACUGAACCAACCUCUUACACAGGCCCUGUCUGCAUUUUUUUCUUACCAUGUUCAUCUCUGGAGAUUAUAUCUUGAACUGGCAGAUCCAUUAUUAAGAGGUUUAGCGUGGGUACUUGUUUGGUUGGGGAUGUGUGGAGCAUCAGUUCAAGUGGCCAUUCUAUCAGAUCUUUUUGAUCUCGCCACACUGCAUCUCUACUGUUUCUACGUGUAUGGUGCAAGGAUCCACAUGUUACAAAUUUCACUUUUGGGCUCUCAGUGGCGUGCAUUUCGUGGUCGAAAAUGGAACCCACUAAAGCAGCGAGUGGACAGUUACGAUAUAGGAGGCCAUGUGUCGCUGACCAGGGUCCUAACUGCUGUAGUUUUUACACUUGUUAUAUUCCUCCUGCCAACCACUACAAUCUACUACAUGGUAUUUGUUCUGUUGAGGGUGGGACUAAACCUAAUGAGAGGGAUGAUGGCUUUUACUAUCUGGCUGUUGAAUAUCAACCCACUCUACUUGUUCCUGCUUAACAUCACAAAUUCCAACAGAAUUAAAGGUGACAUAUUCUUCUCAACUGUUGCUGGUGAAGAGGUUGGUAAAGAGUGUAAGGAGGCGGUGACUGCACCACUGGUUGUGCAGCUCCACACCUGGCCAACUGCUCUGAGUGAGGUGCUACUACAUGCUCAUGCCCAAGUUUUCCCCCACAGACCUUCACCUAAUUGGAAAUUCAUAUUUUCUAGUAUUAUGUUUGGGGAAGAUUUGUUGUGAGUUUUAGUUAUAAAUGUUUUGUAAUUUAUAUAAGUGUUAUUAUUAUUAUUAUAAUUAUUUUAAUAAUAUAAAUUAUUAUAAUAAUAGUACUGUAAUUAUAUGAAGUUUCCCUCCCAAUGACUUGUUUGUCAGCAUCAUAGUCCACACUUAAUGCAUCAUAAUAUAUAGUGUUGUUUGUCA